AUGUUCCCCCUCCAUCUCCUCACCGUGUUCUUCAUCGGCAGCAGUGUGGAGGGCCACGAGGACCCGAGGGAGGAUGAGGAGGGGUGGGAGGAGAAGAGGAGGGAGGGGGAGGACAGCAGGAGGCCCAUGUACGACCUGUCCCUGUACAAACGGGGUGACCUCCUGGAGGUGCCCAGGACCCUGUUCACCCACUUUGGCAUCUAUCUGGGCAACAACAGGGUGGCACACCUGAUCCCAGACAUCGUGCCUUUGUUCUCCACCAACAAGGACAUUAUCAGCGAGAUGGUGACCAACGACCGUCUCAUCAUGGGGGUGAUCGCCAAGCAGGCCAGCGUACGCGUGGACACAGUGGAGGACUUUGCCUACGGCUCAAAGAUUCUGGUCAACCACAUGGACCAUGUGUGCAGCCAGCUCGCCCUAGACGCAGAGGAGGUGGCUCAGCGGGCAGAGAAGCUGCUGGGCGACGUGGCCUACAGCCUGCUGUGGUUUAACUGUGAGCACUACGUCAUGUACUGCCGCUAUGGCACGGCCAUCAGCUUUCAGACCUACCAGUUCUGUAAGGCAGUGAGGAAGAUCUUCUGCAGCAGGAAGUGUGCCCUCCUGUCGGCCCUGACCGGCAUGGGCAUCAUGAGCUACCUCGGCUCCGUCACGCCACUCACCACCCUGCCCACCAUCCUCACCCCCUUCCUCAUCUGGAUGGCAUCGUAG